AUGCACCACGCCUCCGACGCCGCCUCCUUCCUCUCCGCCGCCACCAGCGCGGAUGGGAGCUUGGAGCAGCAGCGGCAGCUUGUGCGUGGAGCCGCGUCAUCGUCGCCGCGUGGCACGGGGGCCGCCGGGAUCAUCAGGUACCAGGACUGCUGGCUCCUGGCCAAGGCGGGCUGCGCGCACCCUCGCUGCCGCCACUGCUGCGGCGGCCGCGGCUUCGCCUGCCCCGCCCACGUGAGGCCCUCCUGCUCCGACACUCCCGCGUUCCCGUGCAGCGAGCACCACCAGCGGACGCUCACCUCGACCGCGGCAGUCGCGCCCCUCCGCAAUCCCCACAAGCGCCCGCGCCCGCGCCCGCCCCCGCGCGCGCCAGCCGCCACCCCCACCACAUCGUCCGUUGAUCAGCCGACGACGGCGGCGCCGGGGAGUUUCGCGCGUGAGGAGGUGAGCUUGGACGCCGUGUUCCGCCGCGUGCGGCUGGGGCCCGAUGGUGCGGAGGUCGCGUACCACGCCACCGUCACCAUCUGCGGGCGCGUGUUCAGGGGAGUCCUGUACGACGUCGGCUCUCGCCGCCGCCGCCGCAGCAGCACGGCGUCCACGGACACGGCUGGGAGCAGCGACGGGUCAUCGCGGAGCACCGCCGGCGGCGGCCUGGAUCUAACGCUGAGGCUGUGA